CUUCACCCUUCAAUUCCAUAUACUAUAGUUUUGGACAUUAUUAAUAUAAAUAUGAUCAAUUCAAAAGUGUUCCUUCUCCUUGCCCUUUCUUUGGCUCUUUCUCUCUUCAUUGCUUCCGAGGUCUCGGCCAGGGAACUAGCCGAGACUGUCGCCGAUGCUUCAUCGGGGUGUAAGAAUACGCUCCUCAGUCUUAUAUUAUAUAUAUACAUUCCCUAUGUUCGUCAUAGAUCUUCUCAUAUGUAUCGUGGAUGUCCUUUGUGAUUGUUCGAAAAGAUUUUAUCAUUCGUUUUUUUACAUUUCAAAUGUUAAAGCUACUAUACCCUGACUUAUUUUACUCCCUCCGUCCCAAAAAGUCUUUCCUGUUUCAUUUUUUGCGCAUCCCAUAAAACACUUCUAACGACAUCUAAAAUGCCUAAAAUUUACAAAAUUUCUUCUUUAUUAUGGGUAGAAGUUAUUUUAAAAAUUUUUUUGGCAUUCAAGACGGGAUAGAAGUGUUUUAUAAGAUUCGCAAAAAAUGAAACAUGAAAGACUUUUUGGGACGGAGGGAGUAUUUGUUACACCUUACUCAUCACCUCAUUUAAUAUACUCCACCCACUUCAUUAAGAGUAUUUUACUUCACAUUAUUUCUCAAGCAUCUAUAUAAAAUCUAAACAUAUACUCCCCAAGUCCCAAUUUAAAUUGCAUGUGUCUGUGUGUGAUGUUUGACUGAAUUAAAAUCGCUCAGUAUUUGUAAAAUUUUCAAUUUUUGCAGUCAAUCAUUUUCAAUGCUUGGCGAAUAAUAAUAUAUAUCGUUUAUUAAUUAGAUAAAAUAAUAUUUUAAAAAUAUUUUAUAAAACAAAACUAAUAAAAUUAUUUUUCCAAUUCUAUCAAGGUCUAAUAUCAAUUUAAUUUAGUUGGAGUUCAAAUUUUAUCAAUUUUGACUCGAAAAAGUCAAAAUUUAACAGAAACGAAAUUAGUAUCAUAUUGAUGCAAGAGAGCUAAUUAAAAGUAUAUGUUGUGCAGCAACCGGAGCUGAGAAGGCAAAUGAUCAGGUAGCGGCGGAUCACAGCGAGCACAAAGACGCAUAUGGUGGGGGAGGAUAUGGACCGGGGUACCCGGGCGGCGGCGGUGGGUACCCAGGAGGCGGCGGUGGGUACCCAGGAGGCGGCGGUGGGUACCCGGGCGGCGGCGGCAGGUACCCCGGCGGAGGACGUUGCAGAUACGGUUGCUGCGGCGGGCGCGGGUACUACGGAGGUUGCCGCCGUUGCUGCGCUUAUAAGGGGGAGGCGGUGGAUGUGGCUAAGCCUUAAAGCCAACCAAAAUUAUUGGAUAAUAUUAUACUUUCUAUGUCACAAAUGUUAUGUGUGUAUUGGUGCUACAAUUCUCUUAAGAAGAAUGGAGACUCUUAUUAUGUGUAACAAUAAUGCAGUGAUGUUAUACCUAUCUUCCCUGCAAUGUAAUAUGAUGAAUAAAAAAAAUUGAAAUUGGUUUAUUUCACUAGUACACUAGUACUCCCUUCGUCUUAUAACCGGUUCGCAAAACGAAGAAAAAUCUCAAGUUUUUUCAAUUUAUUUUAUUUAAAUAUUGAUUCAAUUUCAAGGGCUGAGAAGGAAGACGAUAUCGAAAAAAUGGAAGUUUCAGAGUUUGACGGAGAGAGUGAGUCGGAUGAUGACGAAUCUGACUUUGAUUCUCUUUGAUAGUGAAUAUGAGGAAAGCUUGAUGGAGGACGAGCCCAUGCAAGGCUUUGGAAGCGAAUCGAAUGAAGGGCAGUGCCAUGGGGCAGAGGUGGGGCAGGGCAGAGUCCGAGUACCUGAUUUUGACAUGGGCAGCCACUCCAAUGUCGGGUUAGCGGGGAUUAUGCAAUGGACCGCGCUCUAUUUUGUGCUUCACUGCUUCAAUAUUUGAGUGGAUUAUGCAAUACCUUAGUUUUUUUAAAAUUUUUUUGAGAAUUUUGUAUAAAGGGCAAAAUGAGAAGUCAAAGGCAAAAACGAAACCCUUAAAAUGGCAUAAAGUCAACAUGGUAAGCUGAAUUUAGGACAGAGGUAGUAUUUAAAAACUACCUAAGAUCUACAAAACCAGUUGUGACAUUACUAUUAUUUUAUGAAAUGACUACCAAAUAUAGAGAAAGAAAGUGAAUAAAAUUUGACCAUGUGA